UAAAUGACUUAAAUGUAAAUGUAAACUUUACAUUUAGCUCAUGUGCAUCCUGUUUCCGUUGAUCAUUCUUGAGAUGUUUCUACAUCUUGAUUGGAGUCCACCUGUGGUAAAUUCAAUUGAUUGGACAUGAUUUCGAAAGCCACACACCUGUCUAUAUAAGGUCCCACAGUUGACAGAGCAAAAACCGAGCCAUGAGGUCAAUGGAAUUGUCCGUAGAGCACUGAGACAGGAUUGUGUCGAGGCACAGAUCUGGGGAAGGGUACAAAAAAUGUCUGCAGCAUUGAAAAUCCCCAAGAACACAGUGGCCUCCAUCAUUCUUAAAUGCAAGAAGUUUCCUAGAGCUGGCCACCCGGCCAAACUGAGCAAUCAGGGGAGAAGGGCCUUUGUCAGGGAGGUAACGAAGAAGCCGAUUGUCACUCUGAAAGAGCUCUGGAGUUCCUCUGUGGAGAUAGGAGAACCUUACAGAAGGACAACCAUCUCUGCAGCGCUCCACCAAUCAGGCCUUUAUGGUAAAGUGGCCAGACGGAAGCCACUCCUCAGUAAAAGGUACAUGACAGCCCUCUUGGAGUUUGCUAAAAUGCACCUAAAGGUCUCUCAGACCAUGAGAAAAAAAAACUCUGGUCGGAUGAAACCAAGAUUGAAUUCUUUGGCUUGAAUCCCAAGCAUCACAUCUGGAAGAAACCUGGCACCAUCCCUACGAUGAAGCAUGGUGGUGGCAGCAUCAUGCUGUGGGGAUGUUUUUCAGCGGCAGGGACUGGGAGACUAGUCAGGAUGGAUGGAAAGAUGAAUGGAGAAAAGUACAGAGAUAUCCUUGAUAAAAGCCUUCUCCAGAGCACUCAGGACCUCAGACUGGGGUGAAGGUUCACCUUCCAACAAGACAACGACAUUAAGCAUACAGCCAAAACAAUGUAGGAGUGGCUUCACGACAAGACUCUGAUUGUCCUCAAGUGGCCCAGCCAGAGCCCAGACUUGAACCCAAUCAAACAUCUCUGGAGAGACCUGAAAAUAGCUGUGCAGCGACGCCCCCCAUCCAACCUGACAGAGCUUGAGAGGGUCUGCAGAGAAGGAUGAGAGAAACUCCCCAAAUACAGUUGUGCCAAGCUUGUAGCGUCAUACCCAAGAAGACUUGGGUCUGUAAUUGCUACAAAAGGUUCUUCAACAAAGUACUGAGUAAAGGGUCUGAAUACUUAUGUAAAUGUGAUAUUUAAGUAUUUUUGCUUUGCUUUGUCAUUACGGGGUAUUGUGUGUAGAUUGAUAAGGGAAAAAAACAAUUGAAUCCAUUUUAGAAUAUAGCUGUAACAUAACAUAAUGUGGAACAAGUCAAGGGGUCUGAAUACUUUCCGAAUGUUCUGUAUGUUAAGUUUCAUAUGGGGUGUAUUCAUUUGUGGAUGUCCAUCUCCUAUGAUAUGUUACAAAUUACAACGCAUACGAUAUAUUACUAACUGCAAUUUGUACAAUAUGUGGCGAAUUUGCUAAACGUAUGAUAAGGUACGAUAUUCCAAUAUUAUGCCACUAAUGUUCCCUAGGUGGUUAACGUUAGCUUAGGGUUAAAGGUUACGGUUAAGGGAAGUGUUAAGUAUUUGCAAAGUAGUUGAAAAGUAGUAACUCAUUGCAAAGUUGCUAAUUAGCUUAAAUGCUCAAGUUGUCCGUGAUGAUUUUUGAAAACUGCUGGACGUUCACGUUAUACGCCCACCCAUUCACUCCGACCAACCAACCUACUUUCAUUUUUGCCUUAAUUAACCUCCUGUCUUAUGUAACCAUACCAAACAUAACAUAUCAUACUAAUUUGAAUUUCCUGAAUUUACAAUUUACUAUGUUACGUCUAGCCUAUGAGACCAGGCUGCUCUGAGAAACUGCUUCAGCUUCUUACACUGAGCUGAGCCGUCUUGCGAGAUGCCUGGCAUAUUGUAGACACCUCCAGAAGGACACUGACUCCGUUCCACUCAGUCUCUCAGCCGGUCUCCCUCUUCCUGGUCUCUACCUCCACCCUGUAUGAUCCUGACAAACCGUCUUCUGCCUCCUCCAUCAGGAUGAAGAACCAAAAGAAAAAGAGAGGGUUUAUUUUUCUCUUAGUCUUCUUGGUUACUCUUCCUUCCUCGUUGGGUAGGUUUUUAUGUUCUCUGUCCUGGUCUUUGUCUUGAUAUUGGGAGUUCACUGGGUUUUCUCUACCUUCUGUUAGAUAAUAUAUUUGUCUUUACCUCUUUUGACUUUGAACUGUCUUGUUUCUCUCUGCUUUCCUGCCGUUUCAGGAAGUGAGUACAAUAAUUCAAAUUGAAUAUUCAUAUAAAUAGGACCACAGGUGUCAGAAGUAUUGAAUUGAUUAUGACAGCAUGUGUUAUAAUUUCUGUACUGUAUAAAAGUUUACUCGUGAUCCAUAGAUUGUCAUCUAUCUUUUUUUGCGAUUGUAAAUACGCUUGAUAGUGCUGUUUUGUUACAAGUGACACAUUUCGAUUCAUUUGUUUUUCUCCACCAGGGCAAACGUCAGACUAUGCUCCCUAUUUCUACGACAAAGGACCGAGCAGCACCAAUGGGAAUAUGGCUCUCUUCAGUAUCUCAGAAGACACACCAGUCGGAACACAGGUAUAUAUCCUAAAUGGCACUGACCCAGAGGGGGAUGCCGUGUGGUUUGGCCUGACCUUUGAGAAGGGCACCAGAGAAUACCUGAGAGUGGACCCCAAAUCAGGAAACAUAACUCUCAUUCAGGAACUAGACAGAGAGAAACAAGGUGAAAUCUCAGCUCUCGUUAGCAUAACAGAUGGCCGGAAUAAGGUUGUCGAGACGAUACGGGUGUUUGUCACCGAUGCCAAUGAUGAAGAACCAGAGUUCCAGAACCUGCCUUUCGCCGUAGACGUCCCAGAGGACACUCCAGCUGGAAGCAGCAUUUACAGAGUGCAAGCGGUGGAUAAAGACAUGGGCUCUGGAGGCAGUGUCACCUACUACUUACAGGGAACUCCUACUACCAAGUUCACCAUCGAUGGCCACAGUGGGGUCCUGCGGAUCAAACCAGGCGAGACGCUCGACUUUGAGACGACAACGUUACACUUUGUGACGGUGGUUGCCAAGGAUGGGGGCGGGCAGUACAAAGGGAAGCAUCAGGUGCUGACAUCUACAGCCACCAUAACCAUCAACGUCCUCGACGCCCAAGACACUCCUCCAGCCUUCGUUGGAACUCCUUACUUUGGCUACGUCUACGAGGUCUCAGUUCCUGGUUCUGAAAUAGCCACUGUGUUUGCCAAAGAUGGUGACGAAGGAAACCCUAAUCCUAUUCAUUACUCUAUUACCAAUGGUAGUGAGGAUGUCUUCACCAUCAACAGCACAACUGGUUGUAUCAGCCUGACAACUUAUCCAGUCACGCUGAGGAAUGAAUUAUAUGAAAUCAAAGUCAAGGCCACUGAGCUGGGGCCUAGCGAGGAGCUGUUGGACUACAAUGCCAUGACUAUGGUGACGGUUCGAGUGGUGGAUCUCAACAACCACCCUCCUACCUUCUACGGAGAGAACGGGCCCCAGAGCCAGUUUGAGGUGACCAUGUAUGAGCACCCUCCAGAGGGGGAGAUCCUCAGGGGGCUGAAGAUAACGGUCAACGACUCUGAUCAGGGGGCGAAUGCUAAAUUUAAACUGAGGUUGGUGGGGCCUGGUCGUGUACUCAGAGUGGUGCCCCAGACGGUCCUCAAUGAAGCACAGGUCACCGUUAUCGUUGAAGACUCUGCUGCCAUUGACUAUGAAAAAGGCAAAUCCUUAACAUACAAGUUACUGGCUGUGGAGAUUGACACCCCUGAGAGGUUCAGUGCGACAGCUGAUAUUGUGAUUCACCUUUUGGACACCAAUGACAACACUCCCAGGUUCACCUCAGAGUAUUACAUGGCACGUAUCCCGGAGAACUCCCCCGGAGGCUCCAACGUUGUGUCUGUCACCGCCAAUGAUCCAGACUCUGGCCUUUGGGGUGAAGUCAAGUACUCCAUCUAUGGUUCCGGAUCUGAUUUGUUUCUCAUCCACCCGUCCUCAGGCAUCAUCUACACCCAGGCCUGGGCCACUCUGGAUGCUGAGGUCAAGUCCAAGUACAACUUCUACGUGAAGGCAGAGGACACAGAGGGCAAGUACAGCCUGGCGGAGGUGUUUGUCACUGUCCUUGACAUGAACGACCACGUUCCAGAGUUUGAUGACAGCUUUGUGGAGAGGACCAUGAUCAUCGGUGCACCUGUUAGGGUAGAGGCCAUAGAUGCCGAUGCAGAGUCGCCCAAUAACGUCAUUGAGUAUUCCAUUAUGCAAGCUGAGCCGGACAACAUCUUCGACAUCAACGCAGAGACUGGAGAGAUCAAGCUCAAGUCGUACAUCAAGUCCAUGGAGAUCGUGCAGAACAUCACCAAGCAGAAGGACUGCAGGUGGUCUCUGGUAGUCCAAGCCCGGGACCGAGGGUCUCCGUCCUUCAGCACUACCGCCGUGGUCAACAUCGACAUCACUGAGGCGACUCAACUCAAGGGGCCUAUGGCAGCCUUUUUAUUGCAAAGUAGGCACAACCCAAUGAAGGCCCUAGGCAUGGUCGCUGGUGUCAUUAGCAUAUUGGUAGGGGUCACUGUCUUGAUCUCCACGGCUAUGUUCUUGCGCAACACAAAGUCCAACAGGAUAAUGCCAGCGCGUCGCAUCAUCAUCAGACGGAGACCGUCAAGAGACCGUAAGCCGUGGACGUUUAACGUACCGUUCCGUGGCGGCGGUGGAAAUGACCCAUUGAACAAGUUUGUUGUAGGCGACGCGGAAGCAGGGAGUGUCAGCAUCAACCCCAACAAAAACAUCAGACCCCGGUGCUCUAGAUCAAAGCCCAAUCCUCUGCCCCCCAGAGCCCCCUGUCUGUCUCCUCCAUCCUGUCCCCCUCUGUCCUCCGACCCCAGGCCCAGUGAGAGGCCCCGGGCUGCAGUGCCGACCGUCUCUGGGGCCCUGGCUUCAAAGGGCUCCAGGAGAUCCAGCCAGAGCAGAGAGAGCAACAUCAGCUCUGAGACUACUAGAAUCCCCGUCAGCUCAGCCCUGGUCUCUGAACUCAAAAGGAGACUGGAGCAGAAAAUCACUGAGAGCAACUCAAGCUAUUAUUGAACCUGAUAGGUGUGGUGUGCUGGCGCUCUAACCAAUCUGUCAGUAAAUUGUCUGGACUUGCUGAAUGUGCUCAGUCCAAGGAUUGUAAAAUUGCAAUUGUAAAAGAAGGUUGAGGACCGUAGGUAAAUUCCCUUCAAAACUGUAUUUGGUUUCAAAGCAAGUCCUCUGUCAAAGCAAUGUUGCAACACUGUCCUAUUAUUGAACCUACUGAAUCUAACGAGCUCUACACAUUUUCUUCAAGAUGUUAACAUAACGUUGGACACUUGGAUCCAUGGGCCCCGGUCCAGAAUAGUGCAAGUUUACAGGGAAUUAGGGUGUCAUUUGAGACACACACUGUCAUCCAGAAAUAACUAGAGAUGUUUCUGCACUGCCAUCUUGAGAUGUGUAAUGGGAUCCUUGUUAGAUACGUCUCUGCAUUUCUGCCAUCUUGAGAUGUGUAAUGGGAUCCUUGUUAGAUACGUCUCUGCAUUUCUGCCAUCUUGAGAUGUGUAAUGGGAUCCUUGUUAGAUACGUCUCUGCAUUUCUGCCAUCUUGAGAUGUGUAAUGGGAUCCUUGUUAGAUACGUCUCUGCAUUUCUGCCAUCUUGAGAUGUGUAAUGGGAUCCUUGUUAGAUAAGUUUGCAUUUCUGCCAUCUUGAGACGUGUAAUGGGAUCCUUGUUAGAUAAGUUUGCAUUUCUGCCAUCUUGAGACGUGUAAUGGGAUCCUUGUUAGAUAAGUUUGCUUUGCUGCCAUCUUGAGACGUGUAAUGGGAUCCUUGUUAGAUAAGUUUGCAUUUCUGCCAUCUUGAGACGUGUAAUGGGAUCCUUGUUAGAUAAGUUUGCAUUUCUGCCAUCUUGAGACGUGUAAUGGGAUCCUUGUUAGAUAAGUUUGCAUUUCUGCCAUCUUGAGACGUGUAAUGGGAUCCUUGUUAGAUAAGUUUGCAUUUCUGCCAUCUUGAGAUGUGUAAUGGGAUCCUUGUUAGAUACGUCUCUGCAUUUCUGCCAUCUUGAGAUGUGUAAUGGGAUCCUUGUUAGAUACGUCUCUGCAUUUCUGCCAUCUUGAGAUGUGUAAUGGGAUCCUUGUUAGAUACGUCUCUGCAUUUCUGCCAUCUUAAGAUGUGUAACGGGAUCUUUGUUAGAUAAAUCUCUGCAUUUCUGCCAUCUUGAUAUGUGUAACGGGAUCCUUGUUAGAUACGUCUCUGCAUUUCUGCCAUCUUGAGAUGUGUAAUGGGAUCCUUGUUAGAUACGUCACUGCAUUUCUGCCAUCCCGAGGGAAACAACAUGUUAACAAGAGUGACUAAGGGGGAAAUACUGGACCAUGUCUGAGCAAAAGACUACUGCGUAUUUCUGUGUCAUAUUCCUGAAACGGUUUUGUUUAAUUUGCUUAAGACCCUGCAAUGUUUUCAAGAAUAGUGCUGAAAUAUAUGAUUAGGAUUGAUAUGUAGCCUGUUGUCAGAAGGCUAAAUGGAAUUCAAAUUACGGAAUUAAUUUGGCUAAAAGGACGCCUCAAAAAUAGCCUCAAUCAGCCUUGCUACUGUAGCUAGCUAGCUAGCUUGUUUACAAUGAUUUGAUGCAGUCCAGACGGGCACUAGCAGAUGGCAUAAUAGAUAACAUAUGGCAGCGAGGAGUUUGUGUAACUAGUGCCACACGCCGGAGCCCCUAUUCCUCUCUCCACUCACCUCUUCCCCACCUUUCUACUGAUACAAACAAAGGGACUUCAGCGAGCACGUCUCCAUUGAAGUUUUCCAAAACAACUGUUUUCUUUAAAACACAUAGUAUUUCUACUAUCGUGAUUUUGUUGUAACAGUGAAAACAUUUAAAAUGCCCAUCCCUAAAAAUGUACCAACUUUGACGUGUGCGUCAGAUCGAAGCAGCUAUAUGACACAGCUAUAAAAAAAAAAAAUAAGAGAUCAUUUUUUUGACAGGAUAAAUGCCAUUGCUUAAAACACGAGUGCUCAUGGACCUGUGUUUGUGACAUUCUAGUGGUGUUUGUCAUAUUUAGAUAAGUAGGUGUUCAAGGAUUAUGAUGUGCCACUGCCUGCUUUCAAGACAACAAAAGCUCUUGCUUGUUUGAAAUCAGUAACUUUUUUUUUCUUUCUUUUUUUUUUCUUUUUGUUUUCUUGUUUGAAAUGCUUUUCUAUUUCAAAAGGGUCUUCUUUUAAUUUGGGGGGUGUUGGAUUAUUCACUUAAAUGAAGGAAUCCCUUUGUUGUUUCAGUAAAUAUCAAACUGUAUGAACGGAGAUGUUGUAAAAUUGGCCAUAAACUAAAGCAUUAAUUUCCACGCUGUGUAAACUACAUGAAAAUUAAUGGGAUACAUAACGAUACAAUAUAUUCUAUAUAUGUGUGUAUGUAUGUAUAUAUUCAAUAAUAAUAAUGUAUGUGUUGUAACACUUGCCUGUUUCUUGAAGUGAAAUCUUGAUUGUCUUUAUUUUAUCGUUUUGAAUAAAUGUAUGA